AUGCUCCAUCGCAGCACGUCGUCGCGACGCCGACGAGCGUCCCGGAGUGCGGCGUCCUCGCCGCAAACCAGGGGUACCCGAUCGGCAGCCACAAGCCCGGGACGGCGCGCCAGCAUCGCCGUGUCGCCUGUAGACACGGAGAGGGCCACCAGAAAUACCCUAAUGCCGGACAUCAGCAGAAGCCCGAGGCAUUCGAUAAUUCCAGACUUCGACAGAAGCCCCAGGUCUAGCCUUGUUCCGGACUUCGACAGAAGUCCAAGGAACAGCUUAGUCCCGGAUUCCCAGAGAAGUCCGAGGCACAGUUUAGUUCCAAACGAGACUUACUCUAGAAGUCCACGGAAUAGCCUGGUGCCUGACUCGGCGCUAAGUCCAAGAAACAGUCUGGUUCCCGACCAGUACAACAGGAGCCCUAGGAACAGUUUGGUACCUGAAUCGAACAAGACACCAAGACACAGUCUGACGCCAGAUAACGGGGGUUAUGGGAUCAGGUUGAAUAUUGUCACAGAUUAUAAUAGGAGUGCGAGGAAUAGUUUGGUUCCUGAUUGUAACAGGACACCGAGACAGAGCCUGACGCCCUCUGAGUCAACAACUUGGGUUCAAGAAGAAGUUUCAUGUUGCAAUCGGAGUCCUCGUCAUAGUAUCGGCCCAGAGAGCAACCGUAGUCCGAGAGGCAGCAUCGCCCCUGAGAGCCUUAGCGUGCGCACGUCCCCUAGGGGCAGCAUCGCUGGGGAAUACGUGGCAGACAGGAGCCCCAGGGGUAGCAUUGGACCAGAGAACGGCGAAAACAGGAGUCCACGGGGCAGCAUCGCCAGGAGCACCCUGACGGCGGAUGAAUCCGAAAAGAGGAGUCCAAGGGGUAGUUUGACGCUAACGUUUCAGGAGCCCCCCAUCAGCGAGAGGAGAGCUAGUGCUGACAAUCCAGGUAACGGUGUUUUAUUUGCAGGAAUCCGGGGCAGGAGCACGUCGCCCUACCGAUCCGCCUCCAGGGGCACCGUGAACAUGGGCUUCAGCGGCAACUCCGGAUUUUCGGAGAGCGGGUCUCGUCGGGCCAGCAGCUCCGUCAGCCAGGUGUCCGGCGACGAGCAGCGCCGCCUUUGCGCCGACCAAAAGUACGGGGCCGUCGACACCCAGAGGAUGGGCCUAGGCCUGUCCCUGACCACCUACGGCAGCGUGGCGUACCAGCUCAAGGACGCCAACCUGGAGGCAACAGGAACCUGCGACUUUGUCUGCAAGGCUCUCAGCAUCGUUAAUAAGACUGUUGUAGUUACAAUCGUGUUGGUGUGCUUGUCCGUUCUACCUCUCAUAAUGCUUAUCAUGGGAUUCCAAUUCCUGCGAGAUUGCCCCCGAGAGCCCUACAUCCCCAUCUACAUGGUCGUAGGCGGCGGCGUAGGCUGCAUCAAGAUGGGCCUCACUCUCUACUCCCAACUGCACACACGUCGGCUGGACGUGGGAGCGAUGAACACCACCUCCGCCGUCUCCAAAGUGGCGUCUGUGGCUCUCACGAUGUUCCUCAUCAUCUGGUUCUCCCUGGGCAACUACUGGAUACUAAGGAUCAAGUGGCCGGACUACGCGCCGAAAACCCUAUUCGAACCCAAUCGAUGGUGCGAUCGCACCCUCUACGUAUUCUCCGUGGUGCACCUGUGCAUCAUCUACUUCCUGCUGGGGAUCGUGGUGGUCCUGAUGGUAGUCCUGGCCGGCUGCCAGUUCUUUGGUUGCUCGUGGCUAGGUCCAGCUUCGUACAAAUAGCAAAACUCGCCGGAUUUCUUCGAGCUGUGGGAUGUUCCGAGGACCUAUCAUUAGACUCUCUUGCUCAAUGUAGAAAAUGUGUGGGUGCUUUAAAAUUAGGGAAUCCUUAGGUCUAUCGGUGGUUGUAUUGCUUCCAUUAACGUUAC